UGGGCUGCGCCUGUAAUGGUGCGCAGAACAACACCAACGCUGAACUUACUUCCCGAAACCAGGGUCAAAUAGUCUGGUCAAAAAUACUGGUGAUCUGUCUUAUUUGGAAAGGAGACAGGCAUCAUCCAAGACCUUACAGACACAAGUUGACAUCCAAGCUUUUCCAAGUCCAUCCAUCUCAGGCAGCCCUGUCCCUGUGUCGUGAUGUCAGGCCCCGGGAGAGACAGUGAUCUGGAGUCGGACCACGCAGUAGACUGGUCCAUGAUGGACAUGCGGCUGGACUCGUUCCGGGGUUCCCCCCUGGCCCAGCAGGUGUCAGCGGAAAGGCUGGCCCGUGCUGGGUUUUACUUCACAGGACAGGCUGACAAGGUGCGCUGUUUCAGCUGCCACAAAACUGUAGAGAACUGGUGUGGAGGGGACACACCCGCGGAGAGGCACGCGGAGGUCUCCCCUAACUGUAAGUUCCUGAGCUGCACCCAUCGUUCCAGGGUCAACUCUCUUCAAGGUGCCAUGCUGACCAACGAACCCCACUACAACGAAGACGCCGAGGACAUGGAGUUCCGCCUGAGAACGGGAGAGGUGGUGGAUGAGUCCACCUACCCCAUGGUCCCGCACAUGGUCAGCGAAGACUCCCGGUUCAACACCUUAGGCCCGUGGCCCUCCACAUCCCCGGUCCGGCCUAGAGAGCUGGCCCAGGCAGGGCUCUUCUAUCUGGGGGAGAGUGACCGGGUGCAGUGCUUCUGCUGUGGAGGGAUGCUGGGGGGCUGGGAGCCUGGGGACACGGCGUGGGGGGAGCACUCCAAACACUUCCCCUACUGUUUUUUCAUACUGGGGCAUGAUGUGGGGAACCUCCCCUCUCAGGCGGGGAGAGAGGAGGAGGUAGGGGAGACCAGGCCACGCCCGGGUCCUCGGGUCCCCAUGCAGAGCUUUGAGGAGAGGCUAGGCAGCUUUGCAGGAAUCCAGCACCCUAUUGACCACGAGAGGCUGGCCAGAGCAGGCUUCUACAACACAGGAGCUCCAGACCGUGUGGUGUGUUUCUGCUGUGGUGGAGGUCUGAAGGGCUGGCAGCCGGACGAGAAUCCCUGGGAGGAGCACGCCAAACACUAUCCGGGGUGUAAUUUUCUGCUGACAGAGAAAGGACAGGAGUUUGUCAGCAGUGUUCAGUUACAAGGUCCCGGCUGGAACACUGCUGCUUCAAGUCACCUGAAUGGAUGUUCAAGUCACGGAACAGAGGUGCUGAGGUCAGCCAUGGCCCAGAGGGCGGUAGAGAUGGGUCUGGAGCCUGCCCUGGUAGAGAGGACCAUACUGGAGAGGAUACGCAGAGCUGGGACAGGCUACUCCACCCUGGAGACUCUGCUGCAGGACUGCUUUAACAGAGGCCCUGACAGCGACGCAGAGACCGCAGAGAACCAUGAUGAGGAUCCCUUUGAGAAGCUACGGAAGCUGCAGAGGGAGAAACAGUGCAAAGUGUGUAUGGACAGAGACAUCUGCAUCGUCUUCAUCCCCUGUGGGCACCUGGUCGUCUGCAAGGAGUGUUCCGAGGCCCUCGACAAGUGUCCCAUCUGCUGUGCAGCCAUCACACAAAAGAUCAAGACAUACAUCUCCUAACAUGCAAUCUGGUGUCAGGGAUUGUCAUCUCCAGAGUAGGAGUGCUGACCUAGGAUCAGGUCCCGUCUCUUAAUCAUUAUGUUUUAAAAGGCAAAAGUGAGCCUAGAUCAGCAGUCUUAAUCUGAGAUGCUUAAUGAAUGCUGGCCCAGGAGGAUAACUCUUUUAAUUGGCAAUGCUGCUUUACCACCUCAGUGAUUUUAUAAACACAGGCUUUCCUACUACAAAAUGUACAUAUAGAAAUAUUAUAUUUGAGGAGGACCACUGUAAAUAUGAAUAAGAUAAUCAUGGAAAGUGUGGGGAUUUUAUUUUUCAAUGAUUGUUGUAUAGAUGACACUUCCUUGGUAUGUGACCUAUCAUUGAGGUUCACCCGAUAAUACCCAAGAGGCAAUGGGCCUCACUUUCCCAUAUUGGUAUGUGACCUAUCAUUGAGGUUCACCCGAUAAUACCCAAGAGGCAAUGGGCCUCACUUUCCCAUAUUGGUAUGUGACCUAUCAUUGAGGUUCACCCGAUAAUACCCAAGAGGCAAUGGGCCUCACUUUCCCAUAUUGGUAUGUGACCUAUCAUUGAGGUUCACCCGAUAAUACCCAAGAGGCAAUGGGCCUCACUUUCCCAUCUUGGUAUGUGACCUAUCAUUGAGGUUCACCCGAUAAUACCCAUGAGGCAAUGGGCCUCACUUUCCCAUAUUGGUAUGUGACGUAUCAUUGUGGUUCACCCGAUAAUACCCAAGAGGCAAUGGGCCUCACUUUCCCAUCUUGGUAUGUGACGUAUCAUUGUGGUUCACCCGAUAAUACCCAAGAGGCAAUGGGCCUCACUUUCCCAUCUUGGUAUGUGACGUAUCAUUGAGGUUCACCCGAUGAUACCCAAGAGGCAAUGGGCCUCACUUUCCCAUCUUGGUAUGAAGAUUCAAAGGUUGAGACUAUAUGGAGUACAACUAUGAACAGAAAUGACUUUACGCAGCAGGUUAGGUAAAGGUUAGGGUUAGAUAAAAUGCUACAGUUGUCCCUCACGUGAGUUGAACAUGCAUCUUUUUGUCCAUGGCUGUAUCCAUCUACCCACAGUUUUGAUACUUACAUUUGAGUAAUUUAGCAGAUGCUCUUAUCCACAAUAGUGAGUGCAUACAUUUUAAUUGAUAGGUCCGCUGUGCAGCAGCAUGAUCUACCAUUGCAGCUAUCAACAGUGCCUUUUCAAACAAUCUCAUUUACUUCUGUGUGUUUUCUUUAUUCAGACUAUAACAUUUCCAUGUUUUCUUCAUAUUUCUCUUAAAUUUAUGAAGUUGUUGACUGGGCUUUUGUUAUUGGUUUGCAAGUCAUGUGUUUGUAGUUAGUUUGCAAAGUACAUGUUUCUGAAGUAGAAGUUGUGAGAGUUCCCAAAAGUACUGUCUGUUCCUUGGGCCAACUAGUAUGCUUUCAGUGUGGGACUCUUUUUAUGAUUCAUUAUGUGUGCUCUUGUGUGAAUAAAUAGAUGAAUUGUAGACUUGGAUCAAUUUCCAUUAUUUAUAUAUAACGGCAUAACUGACAUAUCCACUUAAUUAGUUGAUUUAAUUCUAGAGAUCACGUCCAAAUAUUAUACCCCUUUUUAAAAUUGUGUUGUUCGGAAAUGAAUCUUUUCAAGUGCAACUCGUUUGACCAAGACUGGAAAAUAAAUGUUUAAAAAAUG